AUGGAUAAAUAUGAAAUCAUAAAAGAAAUUGGAGAAGGAUCUUUUGGCAAAGUAUUCUUGGCAAAAGGAAGAGUAAAUAAUGAGCAAUGUGUUAUCAAAGAGAUCAAUUUAACUAAGAUGCCUGUGAAAGAAAAAGAAGCCUCUCAGAAAGAAGCCAUUCUUCUGGCCAAGAUGAAGCAUGCAAAUAUAGUAACCUUCUACACUUCUUUACAAGAAAAGAACAAGCUAUAUAUUGUGAUGGAAUACUGUGAUGGUGGAGAUUUAAUGAAGCGGAUAAAUAUGCAGCAUGGAGUGCUGUUUGACGAGGACCAGAUUCUGAAUUGGUUUGUGCAGAUUGCCUUGGGAUUGAAGCAUAUUCAUGACAGGAAGAUUUUACACAGGGAUGUGAAAGCACAGAACAUAUUUCUUAGCAAUAAUGGAAAGGUAGCAAAGCUUGGGGACUUUGGCAUAGCAAGAGAGUUGAACAACACUAUGGAGCUUGCCUGUACCUGUGUAGGAACCCCCUAUUAUCUAUCACCUGAAAUCUGUGAAAAUCGACCAUAUAAUAAUAAAACAGAUAUUUGGUCUCUUGGCUGUGUGCUCUAUGAACUAUGUGCACUAAAGCAUCCUUUUGAAGGCAAUAGUUUGCAGCAGCUGGUGCUGAAGAUCUGCAGAGGACAUUUUCAGCCGGUGUCUCCCAACUAUUCAUAUGAUCUGAGGAUAUUAAUUUCCCAGUUGUUUAAUGUAUCUCCAAGAGAUCGACCAUCUAUUAAUUCUAUUUUAAGGAAGCCCUUCCUGGAGAAGCUUAUUGUCAGACAUUUGCCCCCUGAGAUAAUACAAGAAGAAUUCAGUCACACUGUGAUACACAAAAAAAGACCUUCAGCAUUACAACCUGGAGAGAAGUUGAUACAAGCACAUAAACUUCAAAAAACGAGAGCCCAAGAACAAGUUCCUCCAGAAUGUGGAAUGGUGGUACGUGUCAAGAAACUGGAAUUAUUUCAAAGAAAUGAAUGGAAACCUCCUUCAGGAGUGCAACAGUCUGUUUUUCAGCCACAGAGUUCCAGAAUUAAGGUGGCAGAAAGGCCAGAAAGCGUUAGAGUACAUGGGCAUUAUGGUCAUUACUAUGAUAAACUUGACGACUUGGAGAGGAAAGCUAAUGCACACUGUGACUUUUCUCACAUCAGCCAAAGAGCUGAGGAAUACUACAAACUAAAAGGACAAGUUGCACCUUCGCCUCCACCACCCCACUGGCCUGCAGAUUAUCUUCAAAGGCGUUUUGAAGCCCAGCAGUAUAAGAUUAAAGUAGAAAAGCAGUUGGGACUGCGGCCAUCCUCUGCUGACCCACAUCAUGACCAAAUACAGCAGCAGAAAAUAAAGGAAGAGCAUCUCAAAAGCCAUCAGCUGGACAUAUCUAGAAAGAAUGAAAUGAAAGAACAGAAGUACCUGAAACAAUUAGAAAAGAUUCGGAAAGAAUACCAUGGUGUUCUAAAAGAACUCAGAUUCAGAGCAGGCAUACUCCAGGAGAGUCCAAAAGUACAAGAUAAAACCUAUCUUGUGAAGCAAGGGAAAGCUGAGAACCAGUUUGAAACCAAGGAUACAUCUGGAACAAGAGAAAAAUCAGUUCAGGAUGUGGAAGAAAACUUUAAACAAGUCAGACUCCAGGAUUUGCAGGACCAAAAAGUUUUAGAAAAGAAACAUAACACAAAGGGAGGAGUAAAGUUUGAAAUAAAUUUAGACAUAUGUGUUCCUGAGGAAGUCAGCGUUCAAGAAGCAGAGGUACUAGAUAAACUCAGUGAGACUUCAACUUUUGUGGAUGGUGAGAAUCUUAAGGAGAAAUUGGUGGAAGUUCAUGAAGAUCCUAUGGACAGGGCUUUGGAAGAACUAGCUGGAUGCCAAACAGAGUUCAGUGAUGUAAGUGAUACCAAAGAAAAUAGAAAACAUUGGCAAGCUGGAGCCCCUCAGACACUCCUGAAUGUUUUAACUGAUGGUGAUGUCACAUCUGUAUCCCCUACAAUAACUGAAAAUGAACUUGCUGACCAUCUUAUUCUGCCUGAAGACACCCCAGAAAACAGGAAGCAGUGGAAAAAGACAGCAACAGGGACACUUCUGAACAUCUUAGCAAAGGCAGAACUGUCUAAUGACUCCUUUUUUCAGCUUGAAGAGGAAAUAGGGAGAUUAUUAACCUCAUUGCCUCCAAAAGAAAACAAAGAUGAUGAUUCAGAAACAUAUUCUGCUGCUGAUGUUGGUGAAGGCAGACUUGAGCCAAGAUCAGAUGAUGAUGACACAAAUUUUGAAGAUUCUGAAGAUGAACUUAGACAUGGGCUGGAGGGAGCUCUGGAGAAAGUGGUUUCUUCUCCAGCAGAGAGAAUCACAGGAUCUCCCGUCCCUUCAAUAAAUAAAGGUCAAACCAAUGAAGAAGAGAUGAGCGUACCUAGCAAACUACUUAGAAAAUUUGAUGAGGAUUCAGAACAUAACCCUGGGCCAUUUAGUGUUGACACACACAAUGAGAAAAGCAAGCAGCAAGGAACAGCUGCUUAG